CUUCUUCCCACGCAAAAAUCCCCUUCCAAGAAUCAGAAUCCCCUAGCCCGUGCUGCCGCCGGCCGCCGGGCAAAUCGGAGCACGGCGCCGCCAGUACGGAGCAAGCCUCUCCGACCUUUUCGACACCCGGACCUCACCUAGCCCCUGGAGCUUGUCGGCGAGCCGGGCGCUGGGCCAACCACAAGGCAGCGCCGCCGGGGACGGCGCGAGACGGCCGCCGGGCGCGGCGGGAGCCUCUCCGACCCCAUUUCCAGGAUCUCACCGUGGGGCGCACCAAGACCCAGGCGACCAAGAUAUGCAAUAGAGUAUUCCAGUGGAUCAGGGAUCGCACACCACCAUUUUUUUCUCCUCCACCUUGGACUGUAGUUGUGUGUUGCGAGCUCAGAUGGCAGAGCUGGUGGCCACCAUGGUGGUCGGGCCAUUGCUCUCAAUCGUGAAGGACAAGGUGUCCAGCUAUCUGCUUGACCAGUACAAGGUGAUGGAGGGCAUGGAGGAGCAGCACAGGGUGCUCAAGCGCAAGCUGCCGGCCAUCCUGGACGUCAUCGAUGACGCCGAGCAGACUGCAUCCCACAGAGCAGGGGCCAAGGCUUGGCUCGAGGAGGUCAAGAGGGUGGCCUACGAGGCUAACGGGGUCUUCGACGAGUUCAACUACGAGGCACUCCGCCGCGAGGCCAGGAAGAACGGGCACUAUGGCGAGCUUGGCUUCAAUGCAGUAAAGCUCCUCACCACCCACAAUCGUUUUUCGUUCCACGACAGGAUGGGGAAGAAGCUGUGCAGGAUUGUGCAGGCCAUCGAAGUCCUUGUGGCUGAGAUGAACACCUUUGGGUUUAAGUAUCAGCAGCAAGCACCAGAGUCCAUGCGGUGGAGGCAGAUGGACCAUGUUAUCUUUGAUCCAAAGAAAAUCAUCAGCAGAUCGAGAAGCCGAGAUACUAAGAAUAUUGUUGGUACACUACUUGGUCAAGCCAACAAUGCGGAUCUCUCAGUCGUUCGCAUCGUUGGAGUAGGGGGCCUAGGCAAGACCACCUUGGCGCAGCUAAUUUACAAUGAACCUGAAAUUCAGAAGCAUUUCGAGUUGCUGAUCUGGGUUUGUGUCUCUGACAGCUUUGAUGUGGAUUCCCUGGCUAAAAGAAUAGUUGCAUUUCAUCUAGAAAAAGAUGUAGUUGAAGCAGCAGCUUCCAAGAAAAGCCCACUGGAUAGUCUUCAAGACGUACUAAGCGGACAUAGGUACCUCCUUGUAUUGGAUGACAUCUGGAACCGAGAAAGUGAUAAGUGGGAAAAGCUCAAGGACCGCCUUACACAUGGUGCCAACGGCAGUGUGGUUCUGACAACUACUCGUGAUGAAGGAGUCGCAAAAAUAAUGGGUACAGUUAAACCCUAUAAUCUCGCAGCUUUGGAGGAUAACUUCAUAAAGGAAAUUAUCGAGACAAGAGCAUUCAGUUUGCAGAAGGAAGAAGAAAGGCCUGCUGUGCUAGUUAAUAUGGUUGAUGAGAUCGUGAAGAGAUGUCGUGGCUCUCCUUUGGCUGCAACAGCACUGGGCUCUGUGCUGCGUACAAAGACCAGUGAAGAAGAAUGGAAGGCUAUAUCAAGCAGAAGCAACAUUUGCACCGAGGAGUCUGGAAUUUUACCAAUACUCAAGCUCAGCUACAAUGAGUUGUCAUCGCAGAUGAAGCAGUGCUUUGCUUUCUGUGCUGUUUUCCCCAAGGAUUACGAGAUUGAUGUGGAUAAACUGAUCCAACUAUGGAUCGCACAUGGCUUCAUCCAGGACAACAAAGAAGUUAGUCCUGAAACCAUUGGCAAACGGAUUUUCAGCAAGCUGGCCUCAAGUUCAUUCUUUGUGGAUGUGAAGCAAGGAAAAGCCACAUCCUAUGAACGCAUGGUGGGGGGUAGUUAUUACAAACGUACAUGUAAAAUCCAUGAUCUUAUGCAUGAUGGUGCGCUGUCUACAAUGGAGAAUGAAUGUGGUUUUGCACCCGAGGAACCAAAUCGGAUUGAGUGGCUUCCAGAUACAGCUCGCCACUUACUUUUGUCUUGUGAAAAACCAGAAAUUGUUUUGAAUGAUUCUCUGGCAAGAAAAUCUCCAGCUAUUCAGACACUUCUGUGUGAUAGUUAUAUGGAACACCCACUGCAGCAUUUAUCAAAAUAUAGCACCUUGAAGGCACUACAGCUCCAUACGCAGAGAAGUCCAUUCCCCUUAAAAUCAAAGCAUCUUCAUCACCUAAGGUACCUUGAUCUCUCAAGAAGUGAUUUUGAAGCACUUCCUGAAGAUAUAAGCAUUCUAUAUAACCUGCAAACAUUGAAAAUCUCUGGCUGUCAAGAACUGUGUCGGCUUCCAAGACAAAUGAAGUAUAUGACUGCCCUCCGUCACCUCUACAGUCAUGAUUGUCCAAAGAUGAGCAGCAUGCCUGGUGACCUCCGGAAACUCAUGUCCCUUCAGACGCUUACGUGUUUUGUAGCAGGCCGUACUAGCUCUGAGUGCAGCAAUGUUGGAGAGUUGCAGCAUUUAAAUCUUGGUGGUCAGCUAGAGCUAAAUCAGCUAGAGAAUGUGACAGAAGAAGAUGCAAAAGCAGCAAAUCUCGGAAAGAAGAAGGAACUCCGAGAACUGACAUUAAAAUGGACUAUUGGUUCUAGGGAUGAUGCAAGGGUGCUUGAGUGUGUCAAGCCUCAUGGUGGCCUGCAGUCUCUAAGGAUAGAAUCCUAUGGAGGCACCACAUUUCCAACAUGGAUAGCUAUGUCGCUAAACAUGGUUGAAAUCCAUCUUUCCUACUGUAAAAACCUACAAUGGCUAUUCAGUUCUGGCACUACCGGAAACUGGCCCUACCCCGACGGCCAAAUCAAUGCCGACGGCUGCCGUCGGCUUACUUUGCGCUAUGCCGACAGCCACGUCUUGGCCGUCGGCGUACCUUGGCCGUCGGGCUACCACGAGCUAAGCCGACGGCACCCGUCGGCAUACAUAUGUCGUCGGCCCAGCUGCGAACAUGGCGACAGCAGCCGUCGGCAUAACCAGGCCGUUGGCAUACCCGUGGGCCCGGCGACCCCGCCCGUGACCAGCGGCUAACGUCGUCAAAUCUAUGCCGACGGCCUGGACGGCCGGCCGUCGGCAUAUAUCGUCAUGCCACGUCACAGAUCCGCGGCGCACCGUUCAUGAGCUAAGCCGACGGCUGCCGUCGGCAUACAUGCCACGUCAGCGAUCCGCGGC